AUGGGCGAGGUGGUGCUCAUCUCCCGCCCCGGCGACGGCUGCGGGGGAGGCGGGGGCGUGGGGGAGCGGAAGGCGGACCAGCAGGAGCGGCAGGGGCAGGUGCUGGAGCUGCUGCUCGCGGUGCUGCGCAAGUCGGUGGCACUACCGUGCCAGAUGGCGGACGCCGACGACGUCCACCACGUCGCGCAUGUCACCUUCGACCGCCUCCAGGGCUUCCUCGGCCUCCCUAUCGAGUUCGAUCUCCAGAUCCCCUGCCCAGCCCCCAGCGCCAGUACCAGCAUGUUCGGGGUGUCGCCGGAGUCGAUGCAGUGCGGCUACAAUGACAGGGGCAACUCGGUGCCCAGCUCCCAGGAUGGCCUCAAGGUAGCACAACUGCGCAAGCACAUUACUCUGUUCCUCUUUGCUAGCUGA